CGAAAAACAACACAAGUCAACCGGUCAACCCACAGCUGUUUGCAAAUUUGGAAAAGUUAAAAUAGUUAAAAAUUCAAUUAAAAUAAACGGGAAUUAGUAAUUUGCCAAUUUCAAUUAUCAAAAAAAUGAAUUCAAAUGUGGAAGACAGCUUUAGCCCAAUAUUGAUUGCAGUUCUUCUGAUAUUCACAACAAUAGUUCUGUUUAUUUUACGUCGAUUACUCAAAAGCAGCAAAGGAUACGUUUUGCUCACUGGUCUCAAUGAUACUGGUAAAACUUUGAUUCAUUCUCAAUUGCUUCAUAAUCAGCAUGUACUAACUUACACCUCCAGCCAGGAUAAUGUGGAAGAAUGUAAUAUUGAUGGGAAAAAAAUUACUGUAGUUGAUCUCCCAGGGUUUCACAGUAUAAGACAACAAUUUUUUGAAAAAUACAAGGAAAAUUCCAAAGGGAUUGUUUACGUUGUUGACUCUACCAGUUUGGCUAAAAACAUAAGAGAUGCUGCCAAUGUCUUGAAUAAUAUUUUAAGUGACCCUGUUGUACUUAAAAAGAGGCCAAAUAUCCUAAUUUUGUGCAACAAACAAGACCAAACUUUAGCUAAAGGUGCCAGUGUUAUAAAGACAAUGCUAGAGAAAGAACUCAACACUCUCCGCAACUCGGAACUAAAUCAAUUGAAACAGUUGGACAGCAAAGAAACCAGUAAAAAUAGAUCUGGGGAUUCAUCAAAAGAAUUCACCUUCGCAUCACUUAAUUGUAAAGUUGAGUUUGCAGAAUCGUUUGCCUUCAAUAAAAAUAAUUCUGUGGAUUUGGAUGCUUUGAAAAAGUGGAUCAGAAAAGUUGCUACUUAAAUUAAGUAUGUAACAAGUUGAUGAAUAAAUAAUGGUUUGAAGAUUUAGAACAUUUUAUUUUUCUUGGCAAGUCUAUGCUGAAACCUGGCCAAAUUAAACUUUUUCAACAGUAUAAAACAA